GUCGUAAAGAUUGUGGGGUAUAAAUGGAGGUGCGAGGUGGAGGAGAGGACUCAGAAAACUCUAAGAACCAGAUCUAGAACUACAGAACUAGAACUAAAGAACAUGAAGAUGAUGGACUUCAUUGUUGGGAGAAACUGGACACUGACCUUCCUGGCUGGGACUCUGCUCUGGACCACCCGUUGCCUAGCUGCUCCCAUGCAGUGUCACUUCAACUCUAAAGGCCUGUGUGUGUACGAGGGGAGACACUACUCCCUGGGGGAGUCUUGGAUGGAGGACGGCUGUCUGCAGUGUACCUGUCUGCACCCCAUGGGCGUCGGCUGCUGUGAGACGGUGCAUCGCCCGGUAGACUUCCCAGCUUGGUGUGAGGUUCGGGUGGACGCUCUAGCCUGUAAAUUGACCCUGGUGCAGAGUGCUGACCCUCGCCUGCCCUGCCUCCCUGGGAAUGGACACAACCUGGACCCCAGCCACGGUUCACGGGACAACUACCUGCAGAUGGUGGAGUAGACAGGGACCCCGGUCAGACAGUGGAGGGACGGCCUCAUUGGAAUUAAUGUCGCCAUUACAAUGAGCCCGUCCUCCGAUUUAAAGUGUCAACAGCCUCCACUGAAGUCGGGAAGAUCAACUCCCUCCACCGCCAACCAUCUCCGUCCAUGUCAGUGUAAUCCUAACGGUCCAUUCUCACUUCAGUUGCAGAUCAGUGAUCAGUUAACAUUUAAACCGCAUGAAUAUUACAAUACCUUAAGCAGUAAAUGAUACUCAGUUGGAAAGCAGAGGUGAGCCCACAUAAUGGAAUCCCUCAUUUACCACCCUGUAAUGCACUACUGUAAAGCUUUUAUAGUAAUAUAUAUAUAUAACUAUUGUUGUAUUUCUU